GCGACCUGUUUCUGCUUUCUUUUCCCUUUUUCUUCUUUGCGCCCUUCGGUCCUGGCAGUGAACGACUUCGGAGCUUUGCGUUCACAUUUGCUGGCGAAAAGCUCCAUUUGAUACCCUUCAUCGCAUUUCCGUUUCUGUUUCUGUUUCCAGUUCCCGUGCGCUCGUCGCAUUCUGCGGCUUCCCCGCCAUGUCUGCCGAUAAUGAAAAGUCCGCGGCCGUUGCCGACGUGCAGCCCCAACCCGAGUAUUCCACGGAAAAGACAGAGCAGGUGCAUACUGUGACCGAAACGUCGGAGCAGACCAGUCAACCGCAUGAUCAGGAGGCCCAGCAGGAGCAGCAGCCGACCCAGGGUCGCGCGGCCAGGCUAUUUGCCUACAUGAAGACCCGCGAUUUCUGGUUGGUCUUGAUUCUAGGUCAAAUCAUCGCGCUGGCCGACAUCAGCUCCUCCACCUUCUCGACCCUCCUCUCCAACGCGGGCAACAGUAUCCCCGCCUUCCAGACCCUUUGGAUCUACAUCCUGCUCAAUCUUGUCUACACCAGCAUUACCCUCUACAAGUACGGCUUCAAGAAAUGGUUUCAAAUGCUUUACCGUGACUGCUGGCGGUACUUCAUUCUUGCCUUCCUGGACGUCGAAGGCAACUACUUCAUGGUGCUCGCCUACCGCUAUACCUCGCUGCUCAGCGCUGAGCUUUUCAGCUUCUGGACCAUCAUCUGUGUCGCCAUCAUCUCCUUCAUCUUCCUGCGCGUCCGCUACCACAUCACCCAGUACCUUGGCAUCUUCCUCGCCUGCGGUGGCCUGGGCAUGCUCAUUGCCUCCGACUACCUGCGCGGUGCCAACUACCCCGCCGAAGAUCAAGUGAAGGGUGACCUGUUUGCCCUCCUAGCCUGCACCAUCUACGCCUUCAGCAACCUAUUUGAAGAGUUCAUGGUUUCCAAGCGGCCCAUGUAUGAGGUCGUCGGCCAGAUGGGUUUCUGGGGUAUGUUCAUCAAUGGCGUGCAGUGCGCCAUCUUCGACCGAAGCUCCUUCCACGGCGCCACCUGGGACAAGAAAGUCGGCGGGUACAUUGCGGGCUACACCAUAGUGCUGUUUAUCUUCUACACGUUGGCGCCCAUCAUGCUGCGGGUGUCAUCGGCCAUGUUUUUCAACAUCUCCUUGCUGACGAUGAACUUCUGGGGCUUGAUCAUCGGUAUCCAGGUGUUCCAUUACUCCGUGCAAUUCCUGUAUCCCAUUGCCUUCGUGCUGAUCGUCAUUGGCCUGUUUGUGUACUUCAUCAUGGAGGGCGAGAUGGGUGAGGCGAAGAAGCCGUGGCUAGGAAAGGAUCAGGAGCGCGGAGUGGAUGGUGUGGGAACGGGUCGUCGCGCGCAGCAAACGGGACAUGCAAUUGUCUAGAUGUGGGUGUAUGAGAUUAAUGUGCACGGGAACAAAAGUUUAUCUGGUUUUUAAUCUACUUCAACUUAAUAUAUAGUACUAGUGCUAGAGUCUGCUGUGCAGGACGGAAUGUAAUGGAACGAAUAUGAGUGAUGUUGUUUAUUGAUGUUUUUUAUUGAUGUUUCUCCCAACUUUUUCCGAUCAAACAACUAUUGCUAUACGGUAAUUUCACUGGAGUUGAC